CUCCACUCCAGUGUGACAUUUGUGUAGACCCCACUGAUCCAACAUGUAACGCAACUAAUUCUCAAACGUGUCCAGUAACAAACACCAUGUGCUUUGUAUCAACAAUACAAAUUACUCGGCGUGGAACCACUAAUACCAUAAUAGUAAUAAUAAUAAAGAAAUGUGCAGACUCCUCACUGUGUCCAGCUGCAGGCACACAGACAUACUCCUUAAACCCUGGAUCUGGUCAAGUGUUUGCACAAGCCACCUGUUGUGCCACAGCAAACUGCAACAAAGUUACCCCAACCUUGCCGUCGCCUCCUGGAAACAGCUCAGUGCAAUGCCCGACCUGUGAUCCUCAGACAGGCACAUGCACUACUAAUGUAACAUGUAAUGAACUGGAGACCAGCUGCUUCCAAACUACAGCAACAACAUUUUCAUCGUCCGGUAUCCCCACCCGGGGCUGUGCCUCACCAAACACGUGUCCCACCUCUGUUCUGAACACAUUUCUACCUAAACUGUCCCCGUACACAGCUGUGACUGGACCAACCUCCUGCACAUCACGUACAACAACAACAGUCCCUCCAACUACAACUACUCCUGCACCAACUACAACUACUCCUGCCCAAACUACAACUACUCCUGCACCAACUACAACUACUCCUGCCAACUACAACUACUCCGCCCACCUACAAACUACUUGCCAUCGCCCCCUGGACCUGAUUCCCUGGGAUGCCCAACCUGUGAUCCUCUGA